CAAAUUGAAGGGGAGACAGGCAAGUAUGGUGUAUAUUAUACUCUAAAUAUGCAAUAAUUUGAAUCGUAUGAUCUGCAGAGUUGAUUUAUCUAGUGAAAGCAUGUCAGGACAUCUGGAGUUUAUUAAAAACACAGCUUGUGAAGACCUGCCUUUUCAGCAUCUUUCUUCGAAUACAGUUCCAGAAUUUGAAAAACAAACAACCAGUUGCUUCUGGAACUCCAUCUGGCUCCAUUUUACUUGGGUUUAUUAUAUAACAUAAACUAAACAAGACAAGAAAGAAAUCAAAGGUGAAAAUAUACAUCAUGCUUUUGUCUUUGGUAACUGUAUUUCUUUUGCUUGGAACGGGACAAGCUCAGAGGACAACUUCUGAUUUUAUUAUGGAAUAUUUUCAGAGACAACUUCAGCAGCUUGAGGGACGACUGAUCAAAUGUGAGCAAGACUUCCAGCACUUCAGUCGAAGGAUGUAUGACAUGUCCAAAGAGAUACACAGUGAAACAAGCAAGACGAAUGUGUUAAAAUCAGAGGUCAAAGGUCACAUUGACACCUUCGCUUUGCGUUUGGACCGAGUGGAAAGAGAUGUGGAAUACCUGCAUAAUAAGAUCCCCGACGCGGUUCAGGUUGACAUUGAGGACUCACUGCUCGAGCAGCAGGUGAAAGAAGCCAAACUAAAAAAGACAACUGUAAUCGCUAAGGGCAAAGACUGCAGUUCAGAGGUUGUGGGUAUCAAGUCUGUCAAAAUUGUCAAGAAAGCAGGUGACGCCAAUGGAUCCUGGAUGAAGGAUCCGAUAAAGGGUUCUGCUAAGAUUUACUUUUUUAGUGGUACUCGAAACAGUACAGUAUUAGCAUAUACCUCUCUGAAGACCUUCACCGAACCAAACUCCACCAAAAAAACAGAAGUUAUCCGUCUUCCUUUUCCCUGGCAUGGAACCGCCCAUGUGGUCUACAACGGCUUUGUGUACUACCACAACGCAGACACCAACAAUGAGAUCCUGAAGGUCCACCUCAGCAACCGUACAGUGGCUGAUCGGUUGCUGCUUCCUGGAGCCGGUCGGAUGCCGGCAUAUUCCCUCAAUCCUCACACCCUGCUGGAUCUCGCCGUAGAUGAAAUGGGGCUCUGGUCAAUCCAUGCCGACCCAGACUUCAGCGGCAACUUGGUGAUCACCAAGCUGGACCACAGUAGUCUGGCAGUGGAGCACACUUGGGAUACCAACUGCAAUAGCCGUGAUGCAGAAGCAGCUUUCAUAAUCUGUGGCACCUUAUAUGUGGUUUACAACUCCCACUAUGGUGGAAGGUCAAGCAUCCAAUGCUUGUUUGAUAUCCAUGACACCAUCUACACCGAGAGCAUCCCUGUGCUUUUCUUCCCAAAGCGUUACACCAGCCACUCCACUUUGCGUUUCCACCCAAAGGAUAAGCAACUGUAUGCUUGGGAUGAUGGUUAUCAGACCAUCUAUAAGUUAGAAAUCAAGAAGAUAUAGGAUAGGUCAGUUCUACAUGGUAGUUACAAUGAGGUCCUUUUAACCAGAAGUGCCUUAUUCUUUUUCCAAAUCACAUGUAAUCUGCUUGUAAUUUAGUGGAAAGCACUUUGUAGUGCACUUUGUAGUUAUGCCAGACUGUCAUUUCCUGAAAAACAAAGGACUGUUUGACCUCCUCGGUUCAGUCAGAGAACUGCAACUAUCAUAUUCUGUCAUUUGAGACAGUACAAGAUGCUUAUCUAACAGCAGUACUCUAUAAAUAAAUAGCAUUAAAUGAAAAAGAAUAUCUGCAAUGCAUGUGUCUCUUAAAGAAAAUAUUUUGUACAGAACAUAUUUGCCUUUCAAAUUCACGGUGUUUCUGAGGUGGACGGAGAUCAUGGACGGAAAUAUUACAUUUAUAAUGUGCACUAUACAAAGCACAAUUUGUGUGUUAU